UCUCACCAUCCGCGUCCGCCCCGACCUUUCCUCCCUUCCUUCCUCUGCCGGGUGGGCCACCCCCGGGUUCCCGGGCUGGCUUCUAUAAAUAGCCAGCGCGGCUGCCUCUCGUCUCCACACCACCCGCAGCGCCUCAUCAAAUUCCCGGAGUCCCGAAAACACAAGGAAAGGAUUGGAUUACACUUCCUUUCGCGUUUACGUUCGUUCGUUCUCGUGUCGUUCGUUGAUUUUUGGGGGAGUGAGAUCCGCCGAGACCGGAGUUUGAGCGAGAUCGAUGGCGGGCGGCGGCGUUGAGGACGCGUACGGCGAGGACAGGGCCACCGAGGAGCAGCUCAUCACGCCAUGGUCAUUCUCCGUCGCAAGCGGGCACUCGCUUCUUCGGGAUCCCCGGCACAACAAGGGGCUGGCCUUCUCCGAGGCGGAGCGUGACGCGCACUACCUGCGGGGCCUGCUCCCUCCGGUCAUCGCGUCCCAGGAGCUCCAGGAGAAGAAGCUCAUGCACAACCUACGCCAGUACACCGUGCCCCUGCAGCGCUACAUCGCCAUGAUGGACCUCCAGGAGAGGAACGAGAGGCUCUUCUACAAGCUCCUCAUCGACAACGUCGAGGAGCUGCUCCCCGUCGUCUACACGCCCGUCGUCGGCGAGGCCUGCCAGAAGUUCGGCAGCAUCUACCGCCGUCCCCAGGGCCUCUAUAUCAGCCUUAAGGACAAGGGUAAGGUCCUUGAGGUGCUCAAGAACUGGCCUGAGAGGAGCAUCCAGGUCAUCGUCGUCACCGACGGCGAGCGCAUCCUGGGGCUCGGAGAUCUGGGUUGUCAGGGAAUGGGGAUUCCUGUUGGUAAACUGUCACUGUACACCGCCCUCGGAGGUGUUCGUCCAUCAGCUUGCCUGCCGAUCACGAUCGAUGUCGGCACCAACAAUGAGACAUUGCUCAACGAUGAGUACUACAUCGGACUCCGGCAACGGCGUGCCACAGGCGAGGAAUACCAUGAGCUUCUUCAAGAGUUCAUGACUGCCGUGAAGCAAAACUAUGGCGAGAAAGUCCUCGUCCAGUUCGAAGACUUUGCCAACCACAAUGCUUUCGACUUGCUUGCCAAGUACAGCAAGAGCCAUCUCGUCUUCAACGACGACAUCCAGGGUACUGCGUCAGUUGUCCUGGCAGGGCUCUUGGCAUCGCUCAAGGUGGUCGGUGGAACUCUGGCAGACCACACCUACCUGUUCCUUGGUGCUGGAGAGGCCGGUACUGGCAUUGCAGAGCUGAUCGCCCUUGAGAUGUCAAAACAUACGGAUACUCCGGUCGACGACUGCCGCAAGAAGAUCUGGCUGGUGGACUCCAAGGGGCUGCUUGUGGAGUCGAGAAAGGAGUCUCUGCAGCACUUCAAGAAGCCAUUCGCGCACGAGCAUGAGCCGAUGAAGACCCUGCUGGAGGCCGUCCAGUCCAUCAAGCCAACUGUGCUGAUCGGAACCUCUGGCGUCGGGAGAACCUUCACCAAAGAAGUGAUCGAGGCCAUGGCCUCGUUCAACGAGAAACCAGUCAUCUUCUCCCUGUCCAACCCGACGUCGCACUCGGAAUGCACAGCCGAGGAAGCUUACACUUGGUCCAAGGGUACCGCGGUGUUCGCUAGCGGCAGCCCGUUCGACCCCGUGGAGUACGAGGGGAAGACGUACGUGCCCGGGCAGUCCAACAACGCCUACGUGUUCCCGGGAUUCGGCCUCGGCGUCGUCAUCUCCGGCGCCAUCCGCGUCCACGACGACAUGCUCCUCGCCGCCUCGGAGGCGCUGGCGGAGCAGGUGAGCCAGGAGAACUUCGACAAGGGGCUCAUCUUCCCGCCCUUCACCAACAUCCGCAAGAUCUCCGCCAACAUCGCCGCCAAGGUGGCCGCCAAAGCCUACGACCUCGGUUUGGCGAGCCGGCUGCCGCGGCCCGACGACCUGGUCAAGUACGCCGAGAGCUGCAUGUACACCCCGCUCUACCGCAGCUACCGGUGAUUCAAGGAACGGACGGACGGACGGACGGACGGGCUCCAGUUUUGCAGCCAGGAGUCCAUCCGUCCAUCCAUUCAUCAAUAAAUCCAGUCCGGCUCAAGCAGCCCAUUGCUGUUUCAUGUAUCCAUGUCGCCCCGUAUACUUAUACAACAAUCGUGAAUUCGUGAUGUCUACUUAAUUUACUGUACUUUUCAAUUAGGGGAUUAAGCGUGCACAUGCACAUGUCUGUCUGUCGGUGUGGAGGUGCUUUGGCGUUGUCGAAUUUUUCUUUUUCAGUUUGAACUAAACGAGUGUAACAGUCAGUCAAUCUGGUAACAUGGGAGUAGCAAGUUUUCCUUUGUGAUCUGUUUUGAGAAGCAAGCAAUACAAUUUUUAAGAGUUUAGUGAUAA